CUGCGAGGUGAAGCUUUAACUUCAGACUUGGAGGUGGGCUGUGAGCAGUCAACUGGAAUGCUCUCCCUCGCUCACUCCUCAGUGUAGGAGUGCCCCGAAGCAGGACAGCUCAGCCUGCAUCUGCCCUGGGCUUUGUGUGGACUGGACGCGGAGCCCGGGAGAGGGGGAGGGUUAUCACUCCAGUUCCCAGUCAGUGGAAUUAUACAGCUAUAGCGGCAGUAUAUAUGGAAUUGCUUUUCUUCGUCUUCCUGUUUCUUCUCUAGACUAUAUUGCCCAAUCAAAUAGAAACUCCAAUUAUGUUCAGCAUCUCCCGCCUAGGGAUACAAGACCCUAAUGAAAGCUCAGUGUCUCCAGAUGAAAAAUACAAUUAUCAGCUUGAAACAUGCAAGAGCACUGCAGAGAGACAUACUCUUGGCUGACCUGACUAGAGGAACAAUCAAAAGUUUAAAAAUCUCCAUUCAUCAGCGUCAUCUUCUCAACUUUGGAGUAUGUACUCAAGAGAUGCUCAGACCCAGUAUGCUUUAAGGAAGAGAAAUAUAAAGGAAAUCUAUUAUGCUUCCUUUUUUUCCCACGAAGACUAUUUGAAUUAAGUUUUCUUUACCUCUUAAAAAAGAAUACCUGUUCUUGCAUAACGUGACUACACCAGAUAUUCUAAGAAAGCAGCAAGAAGCAAAAGCUGGAAAUAGCUAUUUCACAGCAGGUAAUCAUACCUCAGGAUGUAGCUACUGUACAGAGUUUAUACUUGGAUGACCCUGGAUGGGAAUAAAGGUGGGGGGUAACUGCCUGAAAAACCUAUUACUAUCCAGGCCUUAGCAUCAUGAAUGGCUUUCUUCAUGAGGAUCUGAAGUUACUAUCUCUGAGCACAUUGCACAGAAGAGCCAAUAAGAAUUUCAAAAAAAGCAAUUUCCACUAAGGGAAUUAAGCUACACAAAAGAAACCUUCACACAGAAACUCUAUCAGAAAGAAAAAAAAAAUACAUAGGAAGCCAUGUGUUCUACAUAGUAACAGGAAGCUGAAUUGUUUCUGGCCCCCACUUUUUAAUGAGCUUGCCCACCAUGCUGAACCACAGCUGGAAUGUUCGUUGACAACAGCGAGCCUGAUCUGGAGGUGUGUGCGUCAUAGGAUUACUUGAAUAAACAGUGAAGAGCAUUUCCAAGGACAAAACAAGAGUUCAUAAGUCCCAUCCCCUCACCAGGAAAAUAAUAUAUGUGCAUUGGAUUUUCACUCACGCAAAAUUUACUCACAUCGUUGUUCAAUAAGGGCUCUGAAGCUACCUGGUAUACAGACCUCAACACUGCUGACCAUGAUCAGCCCAGCCUGGAGCAUCUUCCUCAUCGGGACUAACAUUGGGCUGAUCCUUCAGGUGGCACCUCUUUCAGUUAUGGCUAAAUCCUGCCCAUCUGUGUGCCGCUGUGAUGCAGGUUUCAUUUACUGUAAUGAUCGCUUUCUGACAUCCAUUCCAAUAGGAAUACCAGAGGAUGCUACAACUCUCUACCUUCAGAACAACCAAAUAAAUAAUGCUGGGAUUCCUUCAGAUUUGAAAAACUUGCUGAAAGUAGAAAGAAUAUACCUAUACCGCAACAGUUUGGAUGAGUUUCCUACCAACCUACCAAAGUACGUAAAAGAAUUACAUUUGCAAGAAAAUAACAUAAGGACCAUCACUUAUGAUUCACUUUCAAAAAUUCCCUAUCUGGAAGAAUUGCAUUUAGAUGAUAACUCCGUCUCUGCUGUUAGCAUCGAAGAGGGGGCAUUCCGAGACAGCAACUAUCUCCGACUGCUUUUCCUAUCCCGGAAUCACCUUAGCACAAUCCCCUGGGGUUUGCCCAGGACUAUAGAAGAACUACGCUUGGAUGAUAACCGAAUAUCCACCAUCUCAUCACCAUCGCUUCAAGGUCUCACCAGCCUAAAACGCCUGGUUCUGGAUGGAAACCUGUUGAACAACCAUGGUUUAGGUGAUAAAGUUUUCUUCAACCUAGUCAACUUAACAGAACUGUCACUGGUGCGGAAUUCCCUGACGGCUGCACCAGUAAACCUUCCAGGUACAAACCUGAGGAAGCUCUAUCUUCAAGAUAACCACAUCAACCGGGUGCCCCCAAAUGCUUUUUCUUACCUAAGGCAGCUGUAUCGACUUGAUAUGUCCAAUAACAACCUAAGUAAUUUACCUCAGGGUAUCUUUGAUGAUUUGGACAACAUAACCCAACUGAUUCUUCGCAACAACCCCUGGUAUUGUGGAUGCAAGAUGAAAUGGGUACGUGACUGGUUACAAUCACUGCCUGUGAAGGUCAAUGUGCGUGGGCUCAUGUGUCAAGCCCCAGAAAAAGUUCGGGGGAUGGCUAUCAAGGACCUCAACGCAGAACUGUUUGAUUGUAAAGACCGUGCAGUUGUGAGCACCAUUCAGAUAACCACUGCAAUACCCAACACAGUGUAUCCUGCUCAAGGACAGUGGCCAGCUCCAGUGACCAAACAACCAGACAUUAAGAGCCCCAAGCUCACUAAGGAUCAACGAACCACAGGGAGUCCAACAAGAAAGACCAUUGUAAUUACUGUGAAAUCUGUCACCGCUGACACAAUUCAUAUCUCUUGGAAACUUGUCCUACCUAUGACGGCUUUAAGACUCAGCUGGCUCAAACUGGGCCAUAGCCCAGCAUUUGGAUCUAUAACAGAAACAAUUGUAACAGGGGAACGCAGUGAAUACCUGGUCACAGCCCUGGAGCCUGACUCCCCCUAUCGAGUCUGCCUGGUUCCCAUGGAAACCAGUAACCUCUACCUAUUUGAUGAAACUCCUGUUUGUAUUGAGACUGAAACUGCACCCCUUCGAAUGUACAACCCUACAACCACCCUUAACCGAGAGCAAGAGAAAGAACCUUACAAAAACCCCAGCUGGCCACUGGCUGCCAUUAUUGGUGGGGCUGUGGCUCUGGUGACGAUUGCCCUUCUUGCUUUAGUGUGCUGGUAUGUUCAUAGGAACGGAUCGCUCUUCUCAAGGAACUGUGCGUACAGCAAAGGGAGGCGAAGAAAGGAUGACUAUGCGGAAGCUGGCACUAAGAAGGACAACUCCAUCCUGGAAAUCAGGGAGACUUCUUUUCAAAUGUUACCAAUAAGCAAUGAACCGAUCUCAAAGGAGGAAUUUGUAAUACACACCAUAUUUCCUCCCAACGGAAUGAAUCUGUACAAAAACAAUCACAGUGAAAGCAGUAGUAACCGAAGCUACAGAGACAGUGGUAUCCCAGACUCAGACCACUCACACUCAUGAUGCUGGAGGACUCACAGCAGACUCUGUCUCGGGUUUUUUAAACCUAAGGGAGGUGAUGGUAGGAACCCUGUUCUACUGCAAAACACUGGAAAAAGAGACUGAAAAAGCAAUGUACUGUACAUUUGCCAUAUAAUUUAUAUUUAAGAACUUUUUAUUAAAAGUUUCAAAUUUCAGGUGACUGCUGCGAUUGAUGUAGUGGAGAUGCCUGAACACAAUUCUAUAUUUUAGUAUUUUUUAGUAAUUUGUACUGUAUUUUCCUUGCAAAUAUUGAAGUUAUAAACCAUUUACUUUGUGUU